ACGAUGUUGACGAGAGGAAUAUGAGUAUUUAUCGCUCAGGAUUCAAAAUAUUGCUCACAACUCCCGAGGAUCUCCUUUCGUAGAGACCAAAAUCCAUUUACAAUCCCUUUUUUUGUGUGUGCAUGUGUGAAAUCACUUGGAUACAAUGCCAAACUACUGCGGUGCUCCACACAAUAUUGUAGGCGCUAUACGUCGCUGAACAACCACAACAAACUGUGAAAAACUAGUGCAGUUUGACUCUGGACUUGUUUAUGAAUCGCUUUUAGGAAUGCCUCAAAACUGACCCUGUUUAUGGACGGGAACAUUGUUGUAGGGUAUUUCUAGAAAGAUAGGAAUCAAAUUGUAUUUCGACAAAGAAUAUUUGUAAUUCACAAUUAAACAAAGUCAACAAAUGACAAGAUGCUGAAAUCGACUCUCAUGCUGCUCCUUUUUUUCCACUUAGGAAGGGGUACAAUACGAGCAAAUGCACAAGGGAUUAGCGAAGAGGGUGGAAGAUUCAAAGACAAGCUGAAGGAGUUGUUCGACACCCAACCCGUGAGCGAGCUCGUGUUCAUACUCGACUCGUCUGGAAGCGUCGCUCAAAGCGACUUUAUAAUAUCCGUCGAGUUCCUUAAAUUCGCAUCGAAGAUCAUUAGCGUGUCUGCGAGUACGACGCGCGUCGCGGUCAUCUCGUAUUCGAGCUGCAAUCAAAUCCACAUUCGGGUUAACUACAUCAGUUCGCCUGAAAACAAGAACAAAUGCACGUUUGAUAACGAUUUGACCUCUGUGAAUUACCAUCCUGGUGGGACGUGUACGGCAGGAGCACUAGAGGCUGCGGGUCGUGAUGUUCUCAGCCAUGGGCGCCCAGGUGCACAAAGAGUUGUGAUGCUUCUAACUGAUGGUGCAUCCAACGAUGGGGGCCCUCCUCACGCAAACGCGCAAAAACUAAAAAGUGAGGGCGUUAAAAUCUUCACAAUCGGCAUCGGCAGUAUCAAGCUUAGUGAGCUCAACGCUAUAGCAACCAGUGUGGAUGAGUACGUGUACAUUCUAGCCGAUUUCGGUGACGUCCGGAACCUCGCAACUGUUGUGAAAGACGACAUCAAGGAUUAUGACGCGUAUUUCGACACCGUGAGUGCGGAUCAGUGUGGCAGUUCGUGUGACAGCCGUGCACUUUGCGCAUGCGCUACCCGUAGCGGGUCGACCCUCUGUGUAUGCGAAGCUGGCUUUACAGGAGACGGAGUUUCAUGUCAAGAGUGUCUAAUUGGAACUUACAAGACGGCUUAUGGGGACGGGCCUUGUACACCCUGCCCUACCCAUUCUAGGACUUCAUCUGUGAGGAGUCUUAGUCAAUCGGAAUGCCGGUGCCUGAAUGGA